ACUGUUACGUAAUGGUUGUGUUUAGACACCGACCUUGACGAGCACCUCAGAUGCAUCGUCGCAAAGCAGGUAUUUGUGUUCUUCAGCUCACGCAGCGGAGGUGUGCAUCAACAGCAACCAAAGUCAAGCCAUCGGAAUGGCCCUCCGUUGACCCCGUUCUUCCCCAAAAGCCAACCCCAAGCAAAUGGGUUAGAGUAAAAACGACAUCCUUUAAUCACGAAUCUAACGACUUCCGAGGCGCGUCUUUGCGUGCUGCUCCCUCCACUUCAAAAUGGGCUCGUCCCACAACUCCUCAACCGCAACCUGGCAUUGAGAAAGGAGCUGUUAAUAAAUACGCUCGUCCCACAACUCCUCGAUCGCAACAUGGCAUGGAGAAAGUGGCUGUUAAUAAAUACGCUCGUCCCACAACUCCUCGUUCGCAACCUGACAUGGAGAAAGUAGCUCGUAAUACAUCCGCUCGUCCUACAACUCGUCGAUCGCAAUCUGGCAUGGAGAAAGUAGCUGUUAAUACAUACGCUCGUCCCGCAACUCGUCGAUCGCAAUUUGGGAAGAAAAAAGUAGCCGUCAAUGUAUACAUUCCUACAACAGUUUCUGUUGGUCAAUUAGCAAGACUAUUAAAUGUGCGGCAGACACUACUUCAACGUAAAAUGGUCGAUGCAGGGAUGGCGGCUGAGGCGUCAUAUGAUCAUGUAUUGACGUCCGAUUACGCUGCCCUUCUUGCGGAAGAAUUUGGCCGCAAUCCUAUCGUCAAUGAUGAAGCUGCUUUUGAUAUAUAUCCACCUGCUCCACAUCCUGACCCAACUACUCUUCCAACACGCCCACCUAUCAUUACUAUCAUGGGUCACGUUGACCACGGUAAAACCACUCUUCUAGAUACCCUUCGCUCUGCGUCUGUUGUUGAUAGUGAGGCUGGUGGUAUCACGCAGCAUAUCGGUGCCUUCUCGGUCCCUGUCAAGGGAUCCUCUAGUGGUACAAUUACAUUUCUUGACACACCCGGACAUGCUGCUUUUUCUGCAAUGCGCUCGCGUGGUGCCAGUGUUACGGACUUGAUUGUCCUUGUCGUCGCAGCAGAUGACGGCAUUAUGCCUCAGACAAAAGAGGUUAUAAGGCUUAUCAAGGGAGAGCAAGACAAAAUUGGGGUUGUUGUGGCUAUCAACAAGGUUGAUAAACCAGAAGCGGAUGUAGAAAAAGUCCAGCAUGCACUCCUUGCUGAGGGCGUCCAGCUGGAGGCAUUUGGAGGAGACAUUCCAUCCGUCGAAGUGUCCGGAUUAACAGGACAUGGAUUGAAUGAUCUAAUAGACACCCUGUCAUUGAUGGCCGAGGUACAGGAUUUACGCGCAGAGCAAGAUGGGCCGGCUUAUGGACAUGUUAUUGAAUCGAGGAUGCACAAAGGUCUUGGGCCUACUGCGACAGUUCUGGUUUUACGUGGAUGUUUAACUACUGGUGCUCACAUCCUAGCAGGCACAUCUUCCGGGAAAGUCCGUCUUAUGUCGGAUUCAUCUGGUGCACCUGUUAAGGCCGCAUAUCCCGGAAUGGCAGUCACCGUGUCUGGGUGGCGGUCACUUCCGGGUGCAGGUGACGAAAUUGUGCAGGCCAGCGAGAGCAACGUAAAGAAAGCUCUUGCAAAUAGGAUUAGGAAAAAGGAAGUGGAAACAGUUCUGAUUGACGCGGAGGCAAUUAAUAUUGCGCGUGCUGCAGAGCGUGAAAGAGUCCGGAAGGAAGAGGAUAAGAGUCGAGAUAUGAGGAAUAUAUUAGAUGGCGGCCCUAAAGAGCUCCGGCUGGUGAUCAAAGGUGAUGUGAGCGGGAGUGUUGAGGCCGUUGUGGGCGCGCUGGAAGGGAUCGGGAAUGAACAUGCUCGCGUAAAGGUCGUAUCCACGGGGGUAGGGGAUGUAAUGGAGAGCGAUGUAAUGAUGGCCAAGGCCGCUGAGGGUAUAAUUGUUGCCUUCUCGGUCAAAAUUCCGCGUUCAGUGGAGACUGCUGCGGCACAGAACCACGUCCCAAUUUAUUCGUCCAACAUCAUCUAUCGGAUCAUGGACGAGGUCCGAGACCGAGUCACUGCGUUGCUGCCCUGCACCUAUGAGACCAAAGUGACUGGCGAAGCGACUGUAUUGCAACUUUUCGAUAUCCACCUGAAAGGGAAGGCGACUAAGAAAAUAGCAGGUUGCAGAGUCAGUAAUGGCAUCAUCGAGAAGUCGAAAGGGGCUCGAGUUGUUCGCAAUGGCCAAGUAAUCUAUGAAGGUACCCUCGAUGCACUUAAGCAGCACAAGAAGGAUAUGCUGGAGGUGAAGAAAGGUACUGAAUGCGGGAUCAGUCUGCAGGGCCAUGAGGAUUUGCGUGACGGCGACUUGAUACAGAUGUAUCAAACGAUCGAAAUACCUGGUAUAUUGUGAUCCGUGGUGCUUUCGAAGUUCAAAUCAUCGAUAUGGUAUUCUUAUCCCUACACUAGAAUUUAGACUAGAGUUUUCGCGUUGAUUCCCAUCAAUCAUCUAAUUGACUCUAUUUGUGUUUUGCUCAUCAAGCACUAGAUCUUUGCCGCCAAUGGUGCCCGUUCGACCACCUACACCGAAAGUCAAGCUGAUGUUGCCAAGGUCACGAGUUGUCUUUUCCAGCAAAGUCCAACUCCUCGUAUCAAGUUUCUUGAGGACCACUUCGACCUUCGUAUUAUAGAAUUUAUACGAAGACCCAUCAGGAUCCACUGGACCAAAAAGGACGAUUGUACGGUGGAAGCGCUUGGGUCCAGGGAGAUAGAGGUUGAAGUGAAUCUGAUUGUGCUCUAUCUCG